AUGGACGGAUUCAUGAGCAAGAGUGACGACUGGGUCAUGACCGGUGUCUUCACUCCAAUGUCCUUGCCUGCAUCUGUUGCGUCAACCGCAGCCUUGAAACCUGAGGAGAACACGCAGGAUGGAAAUGUCUGCAAUGAUGAUGAGGAGAAGUUUGAAGGCAUUUGCUACAAGAAGUGCUCCAUCCUCACGCAGGGGACGCACAAGAUUAGAACGACCGCAUUUACCUGCUGCGCAGCUGACAAGAUCGAGGAUUGCGGUUUCAGCAACCAACAGUUGAAGAUGAGUAUUUGCGGUGGCUUCGAUGUCUCCGGCACCAUCAAUGGGCAGAAAGGUGCUUGCCCUCACGACAAGGGCACCUGCUACUUGAACGAGGAGCUAUUCUUGGGCAUGUGCUAUAAGAAGUGCAGUGAUCUCACGGAAGGUGCAUACAACAUGCGAAUCUCUUCCUUUUCGUGCUGCAGUGCGACAAACAUCUUGGAGUGCAAUCCCUUCGUCUUCAGCGGAACCCCGAUCGUGAAGAGUGAGAUGUCGUUUAACGUGGGUGGCAAACCUGACAGCGGGCCGGCGGGCCCAGAUGGUUUUUACAAGGUGUCAGAUGUUGGACCUUUGCUAAUUGCUGCUAAUUUGCAAGAUCAGCACAAGGUGGGUAGACUUUGA